AUGCCCUGGCGCUUUCUCCACGGCGUGGCUUCUGGGGAUCCACUUCCGGAUGCCAUCGUGCUGUGGACACGUGUCACCCCCAACGGCACGAGUGCAGCGCGAGCGCUGGUGGUGCGGUGGCAGAUUUGGGAGGGCGAGAAUAAGCUGCUGUUUGGUGAGGACACAGCUGAAGAAAGGCACGACUUCACGGUGAAGGUGGAUGUGCACUCCAGACUCUUCCGGCCAGGUGUGGCCUACACCUACUCCUUUACCAGCGACGGUGCCACGUCUCCUUGGGGCACCUUCCGCUUGCCGCCGAAGCGGGGCGUCGCGCUGAAACACUUGGACUAUGCCAUCUUCAGCUGCGCCAAUCGAGGUUUCGGCAACUUUGCCGCCUACUCAGAAGCUGUAGACCGUGUGGCUGGUGGCUUGGACUUCUGGCUGCAUCUGGGUGACUUCAUCUAUGAGUAUGGCCAGCAGAAGUAUCCGUCACCUGCCAAGACACGCGUGCCUGGACUGGAACCGGCGCAUGAUCUGGUGAGCCUGGCGGAUUAUCGCCUGAGACAUGCCUUCUAUCGAUUGGAUCCCGAACUGCAGCGCCUCUCGGCGGCCGCGCCAAUGAUCUCCAUCUGGGACGACCACGAGGUGGCGAACGAUGACUGGAUGCACGGCGCGGAGAACCACCACGAGGCACAGCAGGGUGCCUACGAGGCACGGAAGAGGGCAGCCAUCCAGGCGUACCACGAGUGGCUCCCCACACGGCCCGACGUCGACGUUGACUCCAACCGCUCGGCGGUGCCCUGGAUGCGCUGGCGGCGCUUCGACUUCGGAGACUUGGCCACGCUGCUGAUGCUGGAGACUCGACUGGUGGGGAGGACGACGCAGGCGGAAAUGACCUGGGCCAGCGUCCACGAGGACAUCCGGAAGAUUUUGGAUGGCUUCUUGGGAAUCUCACCCUAUGCCUGGCCCGGUGGCGAGAUCGAGUUUGAGAUCUCCAAGAUCCGCAAGAAGGUUGAGGAGCACCGGACGAAGAAGGAUAAGUACAUGCUGGGAAAAGAGCAGUUGACCUGGAUCGAAGAACAAGUGGCCUCCACCUCGAAAUGGCUUUUGCUGGGGCAAGCUCAGGUGGUGCAGGAGCUGUUGCCUCCCAACUUCUUCCAAGCGAUCUUGGAUCAGCAGAAGAAAGAUGCCAAGAUCGCCCAAUACUGGAAAACGUUGCUGCACAAUCUGACGAAAUUGGGAUUUGUUUACCACGACUUUCAGGCCAAGAAGAACUUCACCACCACGCCUGAGAUGCGCAAUGACUUCCUGGUGGACCUGGCGGCCGGGCGCUUCGGCGUCCAAAUCAACUUCGACGGCUGGACUGGGUACGUCGCCGAGCGCGAGCGCCUCAUCCACCUGCUGAGCAGCACACCCGCCAGCGCCAGCGCCGUGGUCUACGGCGGGGACUCGCACAACGCCUGGGCAGGCCACUUGAAGCACAGUGAUGGCCGAGCUGUUGCAGUAGACUUCGAUGGAAUGGCGGUCACAAGCCCUGGCAUGGAAGGCAUCCGACCCUUCGUGCCCCCGGAGUUCGAGGCGGCGGCGUGGUAUGCGGCGAACCCCGACCUGGUUUGGGCGGACACCUCCAAGCGUGGCUUCAUGUUGGUGCAUCUCAGUCACCAGACUCAACACCUGGAGUACAUUGCCGUGGAUGUGGCCACCCCCAGCCGAGGCUUGGCCACUUCCGAGUGCUUGGCGGCCUUCGACGUGCAACACGGCGAAGUGAAGAUCCAGCCCAGUGCUUGCAGCAGACGCCCAAAGUUGGCAGACGUCGCUGCGCUGGAGCCUCAAGCUAUGGUGCCCAUUUGGUCCCUGCUGGUGGCCUGCUGCCUGGGCACGCUGCUGGGUGGCUGUUUCUGUCGCCUCAAGCAGCGCUGGUCUGGCACCAAGCGUAGCUACGAGCAUUGUGAGGCCGCGGAGGUUCCUCCCUGCAACUUGGGCGCCACGGAGCUCCGCUGA